AAAGAGCAGAGUCUAAAGUACCUUUAGGGCCAGACUUGACUAAAGGUGUAGUGCAAUCAGGUAUUGCACCAAAAACAAUGGAAUAUUCUCUUGGGGGGACUGGAAAAGAAAAUUCUUGCAUAAAUUGUUCAUAAGUAAAAAGCACACCCCGUUAUUGUUGACGUAUUGGCAGAUGAGGAAGCGUCGCGCGCGCAGCGGAAGUGCUUCAGUGUAAACGCAGACCGUCGAGCAGCGCGUGAUGGGCUCGAGCGGAGCGGAGCGAGCGGCGAAACGCGUGUUUCUGGCCGCUCUGUGCAGCGUGUGUCAGGCGCUGCAGGGCGGGAUGCUGUCUCCCACAGAGUCUCCCUCCAGAGAAGUGAAAGACGUGAGCGGCCUGUGGAGCUUCAGAGCGGAUCUGUCCCCGGAGCGGAACCGCGGCUUCGAGCAGGAGUGGUACAAGAGUCCUCUGGCGGAGACGGGGCCUGUUAUUGACAUGCCGGUGCCGUCCAGCUACAAUGACAUCACACAAGACGCCAAAAUCCGGGAUUUCAUUGGCUGGGUGUGGUAUGAGAAGGACGUAUGGGUGCCGGCGCGCUGGAUCCAGGACCGGGGAACGCGGAUCGUGCUCCGAGUGGGAAGCGCUCACUAUUACUCAGUGCUUUGGGUGAACGGGGUCAGUGUGACCGAGCACGUGGGCGGCCAUCUCCCGUUUGAGGCGGACAUCAGCGACGUGCUGCGGCAGACGAGCGGGAGUGUGUGUCGAAUCACCAUCGCUGUGAACAACACUUUAACUCUUGAGACACUUCCACCGGGAACCAUCCAGUACAUGAACGACCGCACCAGAUACCCGGCUGGCUACUUCGUUCAGAACACUAACUUUGAUUUCUUCAACUACGCUGGAAUACACCGAUCGGUCCUGCUGUACACCACACCGAAGGCGCACAUUGAUGACAUCACAGUGGAGACGUCCUUCUCUGAUAACAUCGGGCUGGUCAGUUAUAACGUGUCCGUGUUGGGCAGCUCUAAACCCGCUGUGAAGGUCACGCUCUCGGCUCAGGACGGCAGAUGCGUGGCUUCGGCCAACGGCUCGAGAGGAGUCCUCAAAGUCACAGACGUAAACCUGUGGUGGCCGUAUCUGAUGCACGAAAACCCAGCGUACCUUUACUCCAUGGAGGUUCAGGCGACAGCGGAGGACGGACAGACGGACGUUUACACUCUUCCUGUGGGAAUUCGCACCAUUAAAGUCACCAGCACACAGUUUCUCAUCAACAACAAGCCAUUUUACUUCCACGGGGUCAACAAACACGAGGACGCAGACAUCCGAGGGAAAGGCUUCGACUGGCCUCUGGUGGUGAAGGACUUUAACCUGAUGAAGUGGAUGGGAGUGAACUCGUUCCGCACCAGUCACUAUCCCUACGCCGAGGAGGUCCUACAGAUGGCUGACCGGCACGGCAUCGUCAUCAUAGACGAGUGUCCUGGAGUGGGAAUCAAAGACAUACGCAGUUUCGGGAAUGUUUCUCUGGCUCAUCACCUGACGGUCAUGGAGGAGCUGGUCCGACGUGAUAAAAACCACCCGUCUGUGGUCAUGUGGUCUGUGGCCAAUGAGCCGGCGUCUGAAAUGCAGCCCGCCGGAUUCUACUUCAAGGCACUGGUGUCUCGUACGAAGUCUCUGGAUUCCUCUCGGCCGGUCACGUACAUCACAGACAGCAACUAUGCCAGAGAUCUAGGGGCGCCGUACGUGGACGUUAUCUGCGUGAACAGCUAUUUCUCGUGGUAUCAUGACCCGGGUCACACAGAGAUCAUCGAUCUUCAGCUCAACACUCAGUUUGAUAACUGGUACGGCAAAUACCAGAAACCCAUAAUCCAGAGCGAGUACGGAGCGGACGCCGUGCCCGGCCUACACACUGAUCCACCCAUGAUGUUCACAGAGGAGUAUCAAAAGACUGUCCUGCAGAACUACCACAACGUGUUCGACCAGAAGAGGAAGGAGUUUGUGAUUGGAGAACUGAUCUGGAACUUUGCCGACUUCAUGACGGCUCAAACUAUCACUCGAGUGGUUGGGAAUAAGAAGGGAAUCUUCACUCGGCAGCGGCAGCCCAAACCUGGAGCGUUUCUGCUGCGAGAGCGAUACUGGAGGAUCGCCAAUGAGACAGGUGUGCUCCCCACCUGGGCCAGGUAUCCCUGCCAGUGAGCCGGAUUAGCUGCUUCCUGUGCAGGAAGACCAGGUCAAAAUAGACUGUUUAUCAAGUGGAAGUGCCUUAUAUGUGCUACACUAUGACAAUCACACCUGUGGGAGAAACAGAUCUGUUCUUAACGGUGUGAUUGUGUGAGGAAUCCAUGUGCUGUUUGUUCUUUGUAAAGACACUCAAUUUUUUUAGAUCGUUUUGAUUGCAGAAGUCCAUGUUUUGAAUUGCUUUUAAAUCACAGUAACACUAUUGGAACAGGAAUAUUUUUUUCCUUUAAUGUGCCUUUUUCUGGUGCUCUUCCUCUGGAAUUUGUAUUGUGAAUGUUUGCAAUGAUAUUCAGAUGAGUGAAUCUCAUGAAACCUGUCAAGAGCGUGUCUGGCUCAUCUUUCACCUCAAAAGAAAUAAACAGACGAUAAUUCUGGUUUAAAGAAAAAUUUAGGACCAGCAACUGCAUUAUUAUAAUUUACAUUACAAUUAAGGCACAUUUCUCCUCAAAUUCAUUACUGUAAUGCAAAAACACAUUUAAAUUGUAAAGUAUUUACAUAUCUUGGUAAUAUUUGUUGUACUUCCUUAGUUUAGAUUAUAUAAUAAUAAUUACAUAACAGAAAUCAUAUCUAAUGAGAAUCUAAUAAGGAUCAUUAACAUAAUUAUAUUAUUCAUAUAUUCUUAUAUUAUGGUGAUAUUUGUUGUAUUGCCUUUAUGCAGAUUUAUAUUUUAAAAAUAGCUGCAUUACAGUAAUAUCUACUGAGAAUCUUACAAGGAUCCUCAUUGAGAAUAAUGAGAAUUGAAAAAACAUCCAUAUUUAAUACAAGAACUUGAGGGGGGAAAAAAUUAUAUUAUUCAAACUGUAAAUUAUUUUUAUAUCAUGGUAAUAUUUGUUGUACUACCUUAAUGCAGAUUUAGAUUUAAAAAAAAAAAGAUUGCAUUACAGUUUAAAAAAAAACAUCUAAUGAGAAUUUAACAAUGAUCAUCAUUGAAAAUGAGAAAGAAAAAAAAACACAGAUUAAAUAAAACAAGAACCUGAGGUCAAAAUAAAUAUACAUAAAUAAAUAUCAUUUAAGGUUUUUUUUUUUUUUUUUUUGAGGUUAAAUGUGAUCCGGAUGCGUUUAUGUGAGAUUCAUCCCCACGUUACCCAUCAGGCCACUGUGUAUUUCACUGGCAGUACUUUUAUUAUACAGUCAUUUCCUAUGAAUUUUAAUCUUCUUGUAAUAAUUGGCUCCAGUCAUGAACAAAAGUUUUUAGUUUCAUCUCAGUUAGUGUGUGUGAGUGACCAGUGAUGUGUUGAUUUUUGUACGAUAGCAGAGUGUACUUUACUUUAAUUACUUCAUAACAAGCAAUUGAAUGAAUCCUUUGUUUGUGGACAUUCCAGACAUUCCUCAGCGAUGUCAUCGAAAUAAACGACAUUCCACGACA